UUUUUUUCUUCCCUGGCCUCAGUGGAAAAAACCUGCUUGCAUUCACUCUAUCUAUACCCAUCAUAAUUUUAUAUACCUCUAUCAAAUCUCCCCUCAUUCUUCUACACUCCAGGGAAUAAAGUCCUAACCUAUUCAACCUUUCUCUGUGACUCAGUUUCUCAAGUCCCGGCAACAUCCUUAUAAACUUUCUCUGCACUCUUUCAACCUUAUUAAUAUCCUUCCUGGAAUUAGGUAACCAAAACUGCACACAAUACUUCAAAUUUGGCCUCACCAAUGUCUUAUACUACCUCACCAUAACAUUCCAACUCUUAUACUCAGUACUUUGAUUUAUAAAGGCCAUCAUAACAAAAGCUCUCUUUACUACCCUAUCUACCUGUGACGCCACUUUUAGGGAAUUUUUUAUCUGUAUUCCUAGAUCCCUCUGUUCUACUGCACUCCUCAGUGCCCGACCAUUUACCUUGUAUGUUCUACCUUGGUUUUUCCUUCUAAAGUGCAAUACCUCACACUUGUCUGUAUUAAACUCCAUCUGCCAUUUUUCAGCCCGUUUUUCCAGCUGGUCCAAAUCCCUCUGCAAGCUUUGAAAACCUUCCUCACUGUCCACUACACCUCCAAUCUUUGUAUCAUCAGCAAAUUUGCUGAUCCAAUUUACCACAUUAUCAUCCAGAUCAUUGAUAUAGAUGACAAAUAACAAUGGACCCAGCACUGAUCCCUGUGGCAUACCACUAGUCACAGGCCUCCACUCAGAGAAGCAAUCCUUCACUACCAUUCUCUGGCUUCUCUCAUUCAGCCAAUGUCUAAAUCCAAUUUCCUACCUCACCAUCUAUACCUAGCGACUGAAUUUUCCUAACUAACCGCCCAUGUGGGACCUUGUCAAAGGCCUUACUGAAGUCCAUGUAGACAACAUCCACUGCCUUCCCUUCAUCCACUUUCCUGGUAACUUCCUCGAGAAAAUCUAAUAGAUUUGUUAAACAUGACCUACCACGCACAAAGCCAUGUAGACUCUCCCUAAUAAGUCCCCGUCUAUCCCAAUAGUUGUAGAUCCUAUCUCUUAGUACUCCUUCCAAUAAUUUUCAUACUACCGAUGUCAAAUUUACCAGCCUAUAAUUUCCCAGAUUACUUUUAGAGCUAUUUUUAAACAACACAACAACAUCAGUUAUCCUCCAAUCCUCUGGCACCUCACCCGUUUAUACCGACAUUUUAAAUAUAUCUGCCAGGGCCCCUGCAAUUUCAACACUAGUCUCCUUCAAGGUCUUUUAACUACUCUGAUUUGCCUCAAGAUAGCAAACAUCUCCUCUUCUUCAAUUUGUAUAGGUUCCAUGACCUCACUACUUGUUUCAAGUCAAGUCACUUUUUAUUGUCAUUUCAACCAUAACUGCUGGUACAGUACAUAGUAAAAACGAGACAACGUUUUUCAGGACCAUGGUGCUACAUGAAACAGUACAAAAGCUACACUGAACUACAUAAAAACAACAGAGAAAAAAACUAUACUAGACUACAGACCUACCCAGGACUGCAGAAAGAGCACAAGACAGUGCAGCAUUACAAUAAAUAAUAAACAAGACAAUAAGCACAGUAGAGGGCAGUAAGUUGGUGUCAAGUCCAGGCUCUGGGUAUUGAAGAGUCUGAUGGCUUGGGGGAAGAAACUGUUACUGUUUGCCUUAUUUCAAUUAACUCCAUGUCAGCUUCCUUAGUAAAUACAGAUGCAAAUAAAACCAUUUAAGAUCUCCCCCAAUUCUUUUGGUUCCAUACAUAGCCAACCACUCUGAUCUUCAAGAGGACCAAUUCUAUCCCUUACAAUCCUUUUGCUCUUAAUAUACCUGUAGAAGCUCUUUGGGUUAUCCUUCACCUUGACUGCCAAAGCAACCUCAUGUCUUCUUUUAGCCCUCCUGAUUUCUUUCUUAAGUUUUUUUUUUGCACUUUUUAUACUUCUCAAGCACCUUAUUUGCCCCCUAUUUUCUGUACAUGUCAUACAUCUCUCUCAUUCUUUAUCAAAAUUCCAAUAUCCCUUGAGAACCAAGGUUAUUAUUCACUUUGCCUUUAAUCCUGACAGGAACAUACAAACUCGACUCUCAAAAUUCCUCCUAUGAGGGCCUCCCACUCUAAAGUCUGCAUGUCCUUCCUGUAAGAGGGAACUGAAAGUAAUAACUAUAGAUGUGGAUAACCAGAGUUUUUUAGACCUGCAAAUUAACUUCCUGACCCUUGACCUCAAUGCCUUAACUGAUAAAGGCAAGACUAACACCCUCUCAGUCUAUGCAACCAGUUUUAGAGAGCUCUGAAUAGUUAAGAAAAGUAAUGAGAAAUUUUGCCCAUAUGGAGGGUUGUCCAAACUCCAAUGGCAUAGAAAUGAGGUGAGGAAGGUUUAGAGGGGAUCUGAGAAAAAUAUUUUCACCUGGGUGGUGGGGUUGGACACUGGGACACACUCCCUGAGAAUGCAUGGGAACAGUUUCAAAUGCAUCUGAACAAGUGCUUGCAUCACCAAGGUACAGUUUGACCACAGACCAAGGAAAAAGUACGGAAGAAAUGUGGCAAAUGUUCAGGGGAUAUUUGUGUGGAGUUCUGCAUAGGUAUGUUCCAAUCAGAGGGAAGUUAUGAUAAGGUACAGGAACCAUGGUGUACAAAGGCUGUAAUAAAUCUAGUCAAGAAGAAAAGCUUAUAGAAGGUUCAGAGAGCUAGGUUCCGGAAGAUUGGAGGGUUGCGGAUGUUGUUCCUUUAUUCCAGAAAGGGAGUAGAGACAGCCCAGGGAAUUAUAGACCAGUGGUUACCUCAGUGGUUGGUAAGUUGAUGGAGAAGAUCCUGAGAGGCAGGAUUUAUGAGCAUUUGGAGAGGUAUAAUAUGAUUAGGAAUAGUCAGCAUGGCUUUGUCAAGGGCAGGUCCUGCCUUCCGAGCCUGGUUAAAUUUUUUGAGGAUGUGACUAAACACAUUGAUGAAGGAAGAGCAGUACAUGUAGUGUAAAUGGAUUUCAGCAAGGUAAUUGAUAAGGUACACCGUGCAAGGUUUAUUGAGGAAGUAAGAAGGCAUGGUAUCCAAGGGAACAUUGCUUUGUGGAUCUAGAACUGGCUUGCCCACAGAAGGCAGAGUGGUUGUAGAUGGGUCAUAUUUCGCAUGGAGGUCGGUGACCAGUGAUGUGCCUCAGGGAUCUGUUCUGGGACCCCCAGUGGAGGGAUGGGUUAGCAAGUUUGCUGAUGACACAGAGGUUGGAGGUGUUAUGGAUAGUGUGGAAGGCUGUCAGAGGUUAGAGCGGGACAUUGAUAGAAUGCAAAACUGGGCUGAGAAGUGGCAGGUAGAGUUCAACGUAGAUAAGUGUGAAGUGGUUCUUUUGGUAGGUCAAAUAUGGUGACAGAGUAUAGUAUUAAUGGUAAGACUUGUGGCAGUGUGGAAGAUCAGAGGGAUCUUGGGGUCUGAAUCCAUAGGACACUCAAAGCAGCUGCGCAGAUUGACUCUGUGGUUAAGAAGCCAUAUGCUGUAUUGGCCUUCAUCAAUCAUGGAAUUGAAUUUAGGAGCUGAGAGAUAAUGUUGCAGCUAUAUAGGAUCUUGUUCGGACCCCACUUGGAGUACUGUGCUCAGUUCUGGUCGCCUCACUACGGGAAGGAUGUGGAAGCCAUAGAAAGGGUGCAGAGGAGAUUUACAAGGAUGUUGCCUGAUUGGGGAGGAUGCCUUAUGAGAAUAGGUUGAAUGAAAAUGGCCUUUUCUCCUCGGAGCGAUGGAGGAUGAGGGGUGACCUGAUAAAAGUGUAUAAGAUGAUGAGAGGCAUUGAUCGUGUGGAUAAUCAGAGGCUUUUUCCCAGGGCUGAAAUGGUCACCAGAAGAGGACACAGGUUUAAGGUGCUACGGAAUAGGUACAGAGGAGAUGUCAGGCAUAAGUUUUUUACUCAGUGUGGUGAGUGCAUGGAAUGGGCUGCCGGCAACAGUGGUGGAGGCGGAUACAAUAGGUUCUUUUAAGAGACUUUUGCAUAGGUACAUGGAGCUUAGAAAAAUAGAGGGGUUUGGGUAAGCCUAGUAAUUUCUAAGGUUGGGACAUGUUCUGCACAACUUUGUGGGCUGAAGGGCUUGUAUAGUGCUGUAGGUUUUCUAUGUUUCUAUGAUGUAGAUGGUCAGUACAGUCAUAAUGGGCUGAAAGGCUUAUUUCUGUACUGUGCUAAUCAUGAGAGGCCAUUGCUUUAAUGCUCAAAUUAGAAAAGCAUGGUGAAAGAUCAGGUAAUUUUGAUGCUUAAAGAUAUCUAGUUUGCUAGGGCCCUGGUGAAGAUUUUUGUGCAUCUUUGUUAGCCAUAGAUAAAGUAUCUGAAGUCUAGAGAAUAGCUAGAAUAUGGUGGCAGGAUUAAGGCAGGUAACUGCAGGUCAAUUUAAAUUACAUUGGAAGUAGGCACAUUACAGGAAAAAAUUCAAAGGGACAACAUUUAUGUUCAUUUGCAAAGAGGGACUGAUUAGAGCAGGGGUCGGCAACCCGCAGCUCUUUCAUCUCUGUGCUGCGGCUCCCUGUGGCUUUGGAAAAUAAAUGAGUAUUUAAUUAAAAUGUAUUUUAUGUUAGUUUGUUAGUUUUUGAAAUGUAUUUCUAAAUUUGAAGAUUAUGGUGAUCUUGUACAAUCUAAAUAAAACGUGUUUUUUGUCGCUAUUAAUAUACGUCACCACUGCCAUUGCCUGACACCCGCCAGUGCGCGAUUUCUUUAAUUUUUCGAUCCAAGGUAGGCUAACUAUGGAGAAUUCUAAAAAAAGAAAAGUGACUGUAGAAAACAGAACGUUUAAUGAUAACGUGGGCAGAUUCAUUUGCUUUCAGUGCUGACGAGACUGGUUUACCGGUAUGCUUAAUAUGCAAUGAGAAACUAGCAAACAACAAAAAGUCAAAUGUCGCAAGACAUUUCCAGAAUAAACACGCAGCCUUUGCUCAAAAAUAUCCGGAUGGAGAUGAGAGAAAAAAAGCCGUUUCGGAACUGAUGUGCAAGGUUGAUCUGAGCAAAAAUCAUUUCAAGAAGUGGAUGAAGUCUGGAAAAUCAACGACAUAUGCUAGUUAUGUUGCCGCUCAGGAAAUAGUCAGGCACGGGAAGCAGUUUACAGAUGGUGAAUAUAUAAAAGAAUCUUACAUUAAGAUUUCGGAACAUCUAUUCACGGACUUUAAAAACAAGAGUGAAAUUGUGCAGAAAAUCAGGGAUAUGCCCCUCUCUGCAAAGACUGUCAAAGACAGAACCAUAAAAGUGGCAGAAGACAUCACAAGACAGCAAAUUAAAGACAUCAAUUCAGCUGUGGCCUACUCGAUUGCCUGUGACGAGUCUAAAGACAAAGGUGAUAUUGAACAAAUAGCGCUGUUCUGCCGGUAUGUAAACUCUGCCGGGCCACAGGAAGAAAUGAUUGAGUUGAUACCUCUAAAAGGCCAAACACAGGGGGAAGACAUCUGUGAGGCUGUCUUGAAUUGUUUAAGAGCCAAAGGAAUAAAGACCACCCACCUGGUGUCAGUAGCUACUGAUGGGGCACCAAGUAUGACAGGAACGCACAAGGGAUUUGUGGCUUUACUGCAGAAGUCGCUGGACAGAACUUUUCACUGCAUCUUGCACCAAGAGGCACUGUGCGCUCAAACAUUUCCUCCGGAAUGCACAGAAGUAAUGGAUGUUGUCAUUCAGAUUGUCAAUAAAAUAAUGGCAAAAAGUUUAAAUUACCGUCAAUUCCGUUUGUUACUGGACGAGCUGGAAAGCGCAUAUUCUGAUCUCCUGCUGCACAACAAAGUCUAGUGGCUGUCAAGAGGGGAGGUGCUGAAAUGCUUUGUCGCGUGUCUAGAAGAAGUGAAAACUUUCCUGGGCAGCAAAGGGCUCACCUUUCCUGAGCUGGAACAGCCAGAGUGGCUGGAAAAGCUACACUUCAUGGUAGACAUGACAGCGCACCUGAACACACUGAACACAGCUCUUCAGGGGAAAGGACGCACAGCCCUGCACAUGUUGGAGGAUGUUUUGGCAUUCGAGCGCAAGUUGACAGUGCUUGCCAGAGAUUUACAGAAAGGCACAUUGUCUCACUUCCCCAAUUUGAGAGAGUUCAAACAAGCUCACGACAUGAUAAAUUCGGAGUAUUUACAUUCUGCAAUCAUCGCAAUGCAAGCAUCGGUUGGGAAACACUUCUGUGAGUUCAGAGAGGAAAAAAACACAUUAUCCUUCCCGGUCACUCCCCUAAGCAUCGAUCCAUCCCUACUGAAUACGACUGCAUUGGCAGGUGUGAGUCAACCUGAUCUUGAGAUGGAACUGGCCGACGUAGCCGACAAAGACAUAUGGAUGUCCAAGUUUAGACGCUUGACAGCAGACCUUGAAGAUGUUGCCCGUCAGAAGGCCGUUCUUGCUCAGAAUCACAAAUGGAGUGAUAUUGAAAACCUCCUCGGACCGGACAAACUUGUGUUCGAAACAUGGAAUGCUAACCCCGACAUUUAUGUAAACAUUAAAAAGUAUGUGCUUGGAGUCCUGUUGAUCUUUGGAUCCACAUAUGUAUGUGAGCAGGUGUUCUCCAACACGAACUUUAUUAAAAACAAACAUCGCGCACGCCUCACAGGUGACAGCUUGCGAUCCUGUGUAAAGAUGAAGGUGACGUCAUACAUCCCUGAUGUGCAGACGCUGUGCGCUGAGGUCCAGGAGCAGAAAUCCCAUUAACCAAGUUGACAGCUGGCUGACGUUAUUUUUGGUUUGCUGUUGGCGGACAAUUUAAGUUCGGCGUUUUUCAUAAAUACAAGAAGGACUCAAAUAGACAUUGAGUAUUUUACUUAAAAGUAACCUUCAAC